UUGAUUGGUUGUGUGUGUGGGUGGUGUGCGCAGCUGUGCAGUGCCAGCACGUGCGGGUGCCUGUGGGCGGGCGUGGGGCUGCGCGCGGCGCUGCUGCCGCUGGCGGGGCGCGUCCGUCUGCUGCACCUGGCCGCGCUGACCUCGCUCAUGCUGCACGUGCUGCUGCUAGUGGUGCACGUCACCCGCCUCGUAGACUUGCUGCCCGUCGACUGGAACAAGAUGGGUGGGUGUGCUGGUGGUUGGAGUGCACUGACGCUGGCGAGCGGCGGGCUGCUCACGUUGCACGCCGUGCUGUUCGCGCCCGGCUACAGGCUGGCGCCGCACCAGCUCACGCAGCUCCUACUCGCAGCUGCGGGUGUGGGUGUGGGCGGCGCGUGUUUCGGCGCAUGGCUGGCGGCGCUGGCGGUGCGCGCGGCGCGAGCGGGCUGCAUGGCGGCCGAGCGUGGCUCCGUUGCCGCGUCCGGCGCCGCCUCGCGCCGCUCUAGCGCCUACCGCGCCGUGCCCAGCGCACAGCCCUCCACCGAGCGCGACCACCCCUUAUAG